CAAGAGGGGAGGACCGGAGGGGAGCAGGCGGCGCUGGCGGCCGCCGGGGCACUUCCCAGCCGCGCUCGCUGCAGGAAGCGCCUUUGUCCCGCCGCAGCCGGGCGGGGCCGCCGCCGCCUUCCCUUUCCCCUGCCGCCGCCCUUUUGCUUUCGCUUUCGCACAGACAGUUCGGGAGCUGGGCGACGGCGGCGCGGCCAUGGAGAACGGGAACGUCUACAACGAGACCACCGAGCCGCAGGGCAAGCCGCCCCGCCGCCCCUGCGGCUGCCGCUGCACCCUGCAGAACCUGCGCGCCAGGCGGUGGGCGGCCAAGGCGCUCCAGGCGCUUUUCUCUCUUCUGGCUGUUAUUUGUGAAGAAAUUGUGGAGAAUUGUAUCAAGUGUGAUGGACUUUACUUCUUUGAAUUCACAAGCUGCAGUGCACUUCUUUUGAGCCUCCUGAUACUGUGUGUGUAUUGUACUACUGCAUAUGAAACAUUUGGGAAAGAUAAAAUAGAGAAAGUGAAUUUUGGGGCCAUGGCAUUCAUAGGUGGCAUUUUUCUCUUAGCUUCAAUAGUGCUUGCUGCAACCAGUUCUGGAUCUGGUUUAGAAAAAGCUGCAUGUGCAUUUGGAUUUCUUGCAAGUGGUGCAUUUUUAGCUGAAGUCAUUAUGUGUUAUUUGGAUGGCCGGAAACAAGACACUGAAAGUCGUUCUGAAAAUCCUGCCAGCACUCAGACUGCCACAGAAAGUCAGCCACUGAAUAAAUAAAGCUAAAACUUUGCUCAAUUAAAAAAAAAAUUGCAAACUAAAAUGAGGUUUUAGUGCACUGUAAAUAACUUCUUCUGUCUCUUCUAAUCAAUUUUGUAAGCAUUGCUCAUCACAAGUUUUUAUAGAUCCUUAGGUCUAGCAAUGGCAUCUUGGCAUCAUGUUCUAUUUAAUUUUGGAGGUGACUGGUCCUGCUUAAAAACUGCCCAAGUGGCAUAUACUAAAAAAUUUUGUGUCUAAUUAGAAUAACUUAAGGACGAUAGUGUAUGCUGGUUUGGUUUUGGUAGGAAUGUUUAAUAAAGGGUAACUUAUGGUGCAUAAAUUCUGAGUUAUGUCCUAAAGAUAUUUUUCUAUAUAAAUGGAUGAGAUACUUCUGUUAUUAGUUGUAAAUUAGUACAGCAGAGUUCAUUUUUUUUACUUCCUGGUCAAACUGUGAAUGUAAAAGGGAUACCUAAUUGCAGCCUAACAGAAAUGCUUAUCCUUACAUAAAGGUUUUUUGUUUGUUUUAUUUUGUUUUUACUACUCUGUACAGUUCUGUCUGUGGAGCUCAUUUUAAUGAAAUGAUGAAUAUAGGGUUUUUAUGGGGGACAGUUUAAUGCUAUAUUAAAGAGACAGUUCUGCAUCCCAUGGUUGUCAAUGUAUGCGAGAAUCUCCUUUCAGAUUGUUUCAAAAGCAACAAAAGCUGCAGGAAAAGCUUGAAAAGAUAGCUCUGGGAGGAAAAGGUUGAAGGACAAGUAUUUUCAAAGAUUAACCUAAAAAGUAGCAAUUUGAAAAGGAAAGAACAUAACAGCACAUUAGCACUGUUCUGCUGAAUAUCACUUUCAGGGUUAAGGCCAGCUGCAGUUUGUUUAUGCAUAGUUAAUGGUGAGUUUUGCCAGAGUGAGUUUUGCCAGAAUGGUUAUGGACUCCACCAUUUUCUUUGCCUAUAAAUAUGCCACUGGUUUGAGGCUUCUUGCUACUGGCUAGGUCAGUUGGUGAACAGAUGAGUAAAUAAGCACUUGUAUCACUGACUUGUCUGAAAAGCAUCAGGCCACAGGACUGCAAGAGAAACUACUGAUGUAACAUACCAAACAAGUGAUGAAGUUCAAACCAGAUAUUGAUGGCCAUAACAGAAGGGAAGCGUUGAAAAGACAUUUUUCAGAUGUCUGACGGAGAAACAAAACUGCUAGACUUCGUUUAGAGGAAAGCAGAAAAGUAGGGCAAUUGCCAUAAAGCAAGGGAUGUUCCAAAAUACCGAGGCAAAUGAGAAAAAUCUGAUUAUGCAAAAACAGUUCUUGUCUGAAUUCUCAUGACGUUUGCCCUGUCUUCCAGGCAUUAACUCAGUUUCAUCAGUACCCUCAUCUGGCAGAUUUACAGUCCUGUAACCUGUUGUGACAGCACUGAGACUAAGCCCUCUAGAAACUGGCUGUGUGCGCUAUAUUUGGAACAGGAUGAGGAAGUUGUAAGACAAAGAACUGUAGAGGAAGGUCAGAGUCUUUUUUCAGUACUGCUGCUUUCUGAUGAACAAGAUGAUGUGUGUGAUGUUUUCUCUUUAUGUUCCGAGACUUUAAUUCUAACACUACACUUUGCUUGAGGAUUUGAGUUCGACAGUUUGUGAGAAACAUGAAGUUUAAGCUGUAGGUUGGUUUCAGAGCCAUCCAUAAAAUAUUUACUUUCCUUCAAGGAAUUUCCUGCUUUGUGAAGAAGAGAGCUCUUCUAUGGACUGACAUUUUCUCAUAUUUAUUAGUGUCCAUUUGCACUGAAACCUGAUCUUGGUCUAGGUGUACAGAGCUUGCUGUAGCUCUCUCUGAAAACUGUAGGUAGAGAAGAGAGAUGUUUUGUUCACAAGCAGUGUUGCUGGUGAUAGGAACUUCCCAAAAUGAAAAAUUUCUGUUACAGUUAUAGUUUCUUACUUUUGGGUUUGUGUCCAUAUCUACGAUUAACAUUUUCAGGGUUUUUUUUUCCUGCUGCUUGCCCAGGAUACUGUUGGAUUUGUGUUCAUUUCAAAGUGGCUGCAGGCUCUAGGUCUUGAUAUGUAAUUAAAAGCUGUAAGUAUAAUGUAACAAUAAGACUGUGUUGCUGGUAUUUAUUAAGCAACUCAGCAUGAAGGCAGGACUUCUACCCUCAGUUAACUUUUCCUUCAAACUUUAAUUUUUCUCAUCUUGAAAAUACAUGGAGAGUUACAGUUCUCUGUAAUUUUCCUAUAGACUUCACCUGGCCCAAGUGCUGUUUGCAGUUUCUAUUCCUGAAUCUCUGAUACUGAAAGGGAUCUGUAAAGUCAUCUCUCUGCCUUGGCCUCCCUGUCUAUGUGAUAUCUACUGCUGAUGCUUUACAAGUGAAGAAACUGAAAUGCAGAACAAGUUAUUUUAUGAAAAGGUGCCACAAGGAGUUGGUGUUAGGAGAAGUGACUGUAACUGAGUUUUCCUGACUCUGUUCUGUGUGCUAGGCCUUUUACAAUGGAAAUACUGCCAGCCUUUGCAGAAUGGUUUCAUGGAUUCUCCUAUUACAGAUAUGGUGGCAUCCUUGGCUCAUUUCAGGUUGUUUCUUAGGGUGAGUUUUUUGAUGUGUUGUCAAUUUUAGUUUUAACUGUUCCAAAUAGUGAGUUUCCCAUUCUCUGACCAACGGAUGCAAGUAUAGAUGUAAUAAUCAAAUUCAGUCUGUAACCAAAAGGGAUACAAACGUUGCCAUCAGCUAAUGAAAGGGACAUAGAUAGUCUUUUGGAAACUGGUUAGUUCUGCUUUCCCAUGUGCAAGAGGAGUUUGCUAAUAGGAGUCCUGCUAUUCUUUAAAAAAAAAAAACAAACAAAAAACAGUGCUGCAUCCCAGAUACUGUCUAGCUGGCACUAAUCUGUCAUGCAGCAAAGUGCUAUUAGCAGACCAGCCCCAUGUUGGUUAUGGGUAUAAGGUAAUUGCUAACUAGUUGCUUUCAAAGCAGUUGUUGGCUCACAAAGCAGUUUCUGUAUAGUGGCACUAUUAAUACCAGACUUAAGAGCGUGAGGAUUUUCAUUUAAAAACUGCUGAGGAGCAGGUCUCCUGGUAUGUGUGCUCUUCUCUGCUUCCAGGAGGCAGUUCCCUUACCCGCUUUAUCAGCUUCCUAUGACGACGAACGGGCAGGUAUGCGCCCCCGAGCUCCUCUGCCCUCACGCGCUAGGUCAGACAAGCGCAGUGGCUGAGCAGGGUUGUCUCCCGCCACUAGAAAUGCCCCUUUUGUGCUUCGGAUGUCAGAUCCAGGCUUUAAAUGUCUAUCUUUUCAUUAGACUGAUCCCAGAGGAUGGAGCUGGAGUUGGAUUAAACAUCUGGUUUUGCAGGAGCUCUGCGCCUGUGGCUAGACGUCUCUUGCUCCUCCCAUGCUCUGUCAGCAAAGAAGUCUGCAUGUUUCCCAACCUGCUUUUGAUGAAAUAUAAUUUCCCCUUAAAAAUUUAAUUUCCCCUUCUGUUUUCAAGUAAACAUCUAUGCACAAUCUCAACCCGUAGUAAAACCCAUGGCAGGAAGCAAUUUGGUACAGUAAGUCUACCCAUGGAUUGCCUUCUCCGUUCUUCGCCACAGUGGUUGGCAGUGGUGGUGUGAGCCUGCGUAGACACACUAAAGGCUUCAAGUCUUUUCCAGCUGAGCCUUUCUAAAAAUAUUUGAAGACUGCACUGACUUUCAGGCUUUUCACACUUCAGAUUUACAGUGCCUUGAGAACCAGCACACAGGAUUCUCCAGGAUGUGUAAGGGCUGGUUGUAAGUGGCUGGGCUGAGAGUUUCUGCUCUGAAAAUCUGCCUGCGUUGUGUAGAUCGUGAAUGCUAUUUUGUUCUCUACAUUUAGCCCACAUUAAGAUCACAACAGUAGCAGUAUCCUUUGGAUUUUAAAUGCGUAAAGGAAUUGUGCCUUACUGCUUGUACUCUGUUCUUAAAAAUAGCAGGGGAGGGUUGUAGUUUGUUACAGUUCAGUUCUACCAUUGCACCCUCUGACUCCAAAAUGCACUGAAUUAUCUCACACAAUUCUCAGAGCUCUGCACAAGAUGUUUUUGCAUAAUAGCCAUUAUGGCAAUCCCAGUUCUGUUCAAAUUUGUGCAAUAAAAAUAGCAAGUGUUCUACACUGAAGGGAAAUAUUUUGUGUGAUUUUUGAAAGGUUAUGUAAAAUUGUAAUAAAUCAAGAUGCUGGUAGUGCCUUUAAGAUGGAAAUUCAUCUUUUAGUUCAUUGCUGUAAAUGUAUAGCAGAUAUCUAGAUUGUACUGAACAGCAUAAAAUUUAAUGUCACUUUCAUACCUGUGAGACUUUUAGGUGACUUUUAAUGAUUAUUGAAUGAUAAUACAAUAGUUUUAUAUUAUAAAAUUUUUAUAUAGUUCCGUAGCCAAUGUUGCCUUGAAUUUUCAGUAAAAGCCUUCUGAAAUGCUUAAAUAUUUUUUCAUUCUAAACCUGUGGUCUUUUUAAUGUAUUAUGCUUUUCUGGUCUUAUGAACUUUCUAAAAUAUUUUGUAAUCAUUUUUUAAAUAAAAUAUUAGUAAAUAA